CGGGGGCGGGGGCGGGGGUGGCCUGGACGGGGGCGGGUUCUCCGGGUCCCCAUUGGCUACGGCCCCCCGAACACCAGGGCUCCCCACCAUCUACCCCUGACAACAGUCGGUCCGGCUUCCAGCUGCUGCAGCCAGCGCUCCUUCACCGCCUCUACAUCCAGCCACCCCUUGCUCCGGCCCGGCAUGGCGACCCAGGUCCCCACAAAGGUUCCUCAGGAUCCUGACCCAUUUUACUAUGACUAUGACACUGUGCAGACGGUGGGCAUGACUCUGGCUACCAUAUUGUUCCUGCUGGGCAUCCUCAUUAUCCUCAGCAAGAAGGUGAAGUGCAGGAAGGCGGACUCCAGCCCAACAUGCAAAUCCUGUAAGUCGGAGCUUCCCUCCUCAGCCCCCGGAGGUGGCGGCGUGUAGAACCAGUCGUGGUCACCUCCACUGCAGUCCCUGCCUGAGAGCGGGAGCCUGAGGAUCGGGUGGAGGCGGUGGGGACCCCAGCCUGGCCCCCUGGCAGCACUCCCCUGAAUGAGCCGCCCCACCCACUCCAAGGCUGGAGCCGCUGCACCUCCCUAGGCCUUGGCAAUGACGACCCCCCAAAGAGCCCGUCUGCAUCCCAGAUCCGGAGACUCAGGCCUCCAUCUCCUGGGGUCCUGGAGUCCAUGCUCAGCCCCCCAUCGUCCCGGGGUGCUGCUCCCCGGGACCACCCUGUCUCCUCUUAGGAGAUCCGGUCCCCUGCACCCUCGGUGUCUAUGUCUUGAGCUUAAUAAAUCUGCGUUUGGUUUCUC